GAGCGGCAGCAGCCGACGUAAACAAUGGCGGAGCGGGGAAAGCGCACCGGGGCGGAUUGAACGCGCCGCGGAUCAACCCAAACUUGUCCCGAUGGACGGGCGUUUCGCGCACGGCGACAUGGAAAACGCCACGGAGAACCCCAGCAAAGCGGCCGAAUUUCUGAAGGAGCUGAACAACAUUAUCGAAACCCAACAGGAGUUGCUGGAGAAGCAGAAGGGUCGCAUUGAGGAAUUGGAGCGCCAAGUGCACGAUCUGUGCGAGGAAAACGCGUGUCUGCGGGAGCAGCAUCAGCGACACUUGGCUACCUGCAGGCUCCAGCAGCUCGGUGCCAUCAAUGAGAAUGUCAUUCAGGAAAAAACUGAGAGUGAAGCCUUGCGGAUUUCAAAUGUCAGACGGCACACUUCUUUACCCGUGGAAGGCUCAGAUAACCAAGGCAGCUAUAUAAUCUCUCCCUGUCGAAGAAGUUACCCCUGUCGAAAAUGGAAGUCGGCAUCUUUUCGUGUGGAGGGUGAUGGUGCUGGCUGUGAGGCAGGUGCAUCUCUGGAGAGCGGAUACUCACGGGGGCCGUUGACUCGCAGCUCCAUCAUCGGCACAGAGCACUUCGAAGCAACGCCCUUCUAUACCCACGAGGUCCGGCAGCGCCCGCGACGCCCCAAACUCCAGCACUCACAAUCCAUCCUUCGCAAACAGGCUGAAGAGGAGGCCAUCAAACGCUCGCGCUCGCUUUCCGAGAGCUAUGAGCUUUCCACGGAUCUUCAGGACAAACAGGUGGAGAUGUUGGAGCGCAAAUACGGUGGACGUUUUAUAACCCGACAUGCAGCCCGCACCAUCCAGACAGCCUUUCGCCAGUACCAGAUGAACAAGAACUUUGAACGUCUGAGAAGUUCUAUGUCAGAAAACCGUAUGUCAAGACGCAUCGUCCUGUCCAAUAUGAGAAUGCAAUUUUCCUUCGAAGGACCUGAAAAAGUCCACAGCUCCUAUUUCGAGGGCAAGAAGCUCUCAUUAAGUGACGAUGGCUCCAAGCUGGGGCAGUCGGACCGUGGGGAGUUGGUGCCUGUGAACGUAAAGUCUCCAGCGCAAAGCGACUUCACGGAUGCCAUUACAGAGUUGGAAGAUGCCUUCUCAAGGCAGGUCAAGUCACUGGCUGAGUCGAUUGACGAUGCGCUGAACUGCCGCAGCCUGCACGGCGAUGAGGGGCAAGACGAGGGGCAAAGGAGACAUGCCGACCUAGACCGGGAUGUUACAUAUCAGGUCAAGUCAUCACACAGCGGAGACCGGCGCAAGCUAGACGAGAUGACGGCCUCCUACAGUGACGUGACGCUUUACAUCGACGAGGAGGAACUCUCGCCCCCGCUGCCUCUCUCACAGUCUGUUGUGGACAGAUCGUCAAUGGAACCCGAGCUGCAACUGCGUGCACUUAACUCUUCGCAGGACUUUUGGGUCCACAAGGAUGACAAAGGUGACACGGACACUAGCUGUCGCAGCACACCGUCCCUGGAGUGCCAGGAGCAGCGACUGAGAAUGGACCACCUUCCUCUGCUCACGAUUGAGCCCCCCAGUGACAGUUCGGUAGAGCUAAGCGACCGUUCAGAGCGCAGUUCCCUCAAACAACAGAACGCUUACGAAAGAGGUGGACCCAGCCAACAAGGAAGCCCCAAGCACCAUCCCGGUCAUUCUUCCAUCCCUCGACGGGACGAUGAGCUGCCCAGACAUCGACCACGGCAGCUGGAGAGCCACCUCGCUAUCAACGGCACGGCCAACCGACAAAGCAAGUCGGAGUCCGAUUUCUCGGAUGGCGAUAACGACAGCGUCAACAGCACGUCGAAUUCCAACGACACGAUUAACUGCAGUUCAGAGUCGUCAUCACGUGACAGCCUGCGUGAGCAAACGCUCAGCAAGCAGACGUACCACAAGGAGACGCGCAACAGCUGGGACUCGCCUGCCUUUAGCAACGAUGUUAUUCGGAAGCGUCACUACCGCAUUGGCCUCAACCUUUUCAACAAAAAGCCUGAAAAAGGCAUCCAGUACCUGAUCGAGAGAGGGUUCGUUCCAGACACCCCUGUUGGUGUGGCUCACUUCUUGUUACAAAGGAAAGGGCUGAGCCGACAGAUGAUUGGAGAGUUCCUGGGCAACAGACAGAAACAGUUUAACCGGGAUGUCCUGGACUGUGUGGUGGACGAGAUGGACUUUUCCAGUAUGGAGUUGGAUGAAGCCUUAAGAAAGUUUCAGGCUCACAUUAGAGUUCAGGGAGAAGCCCAGAAAGUGGAGCGGCUUAUCGAAGCGUACAGCCAGCGUUACUGCAUCUGCAACCCGGGUGUAGUGCGGCAGUUUCGCAACCCUGACACUAUCUUCAUCCUGGCUUUUGCCAUCAUCCUCCUUAACACAGACAUGUACAGCCCCAACGUGAAGCUGGAGAGGAAGAUGAAGCUGGAAGACUUUGUAAAGAACCUACGAGGGGUUGACGAUGGAGAGGACAUCCCUCGUGAGAUGCUGAUUGGUAUUUAUGAGCGGAUCAGAAAACGGGAGCUCAAAACAAAUGAGGACCAUGUAUCCCAGGUUCAAAAAGUGGAAAAACUCAUCGUAGGAAAGAAGCCAAUUGGCUCCCUCCACCAUGGCCUUGGAUGUGUCCUGUCCUUGCCGCACCGCAGGCUGGUGUGUUACUGCAGGCUGUUUGAGGUUCCUGACCCCAACAAGCCACAGAAACUCGGCCUCCACCAGAGAGAGAUCUUUCUCUUCAACGACCUCCUGGUGGUCACUAAGAUUUUCCAGAAGAAGAAGAACUCGGUGACGUACAGCUUCAGGCAGUCCUUCUCUUUGUACGGCAUGCAGGUGCUGCUUUUUGAGAACCAGUAUUACCCCAACGGCGUUCGGCUCACAUCGGCCAUUGCCGGUGCAGACAUCAAAGUUUUAAUCAACUUCAAUGCGCCGAACCCACAGGACCGCAAGAAGUUCACGGACGACCUGCGGGAGUCCAUUGCUGAGGUGCAGGAGAUGGAGAAAUACAGGAUUGAAUCCGAGCUAGAAAAGCAGAAGGGUGUGGUGCGCCCAAGCAUCUCCCAGACCUCAAGCAUGAAGAAGGAAGCAGGCAAUGGCAACCUGAGCCGUGCAAGUCUGGAUGACAGUUAUGCUAUAGGAGAGGGUCUGAAGAGAAGUGCCCUCAGCAGCUCCUUACGAGACCUAUCAGAAGCAGGCAAGCGAGGCCGCCGCAGCAGUGCAGGAUCUCUAGACAGCAAUAUGGACGGCUCCAUCAUUAGCAGCCCCCACAUGAGGCGCCGCACCGGCUCCAGCCGUGACUGCCCCUCACGCCAGCACUCCGUGCCCGGCUCGUCUUCUCUCCUCGGCUCGCUGUUCGGCACCAAGCGGGGCACCAAACCAUCCACGUUGCCUUCGCAGCCCCCUCACCCGUCCCACCCCACCCUGAUCUCUCACACGCCGCACCCAUCCAACCUGCACCACACGGCCCGCGAGGGCACGCCCAUCAGCGACUCGCAUCCUGCGCACCACGCCCAGUACUGCCAAGUUCAGCAGAACCCACCUCCGUACCACCACCACCACCACUACCACCCACCCGCACACAUCCAGUACCACCCCUCCACCGGAUCCGGGUCCUCGUCCACCCAUAGCCACUCUCAUGCGCCGCACGGCCACGGGUCGCACCCACAGCACCCGCAUCCCUCGCAUCUGCAACACCAUCACGGCCAGGCUCAAGCUCCGGCUCCUGUCCCAGGCAGCGCCAAGCCAAAGCAUAGCGGCAUUAGCACAGUAGUGUGAGGAACUGAGACUGGAUUCCGAAGCUGGCGUGUGAAGACGUGAUGAUUUCACACUAGACCAUAUGAAUUGGUUUCUUUCAUUUAAAGCCCUCUCUUGUAGGAAGGCACACACUGUGUAGCACUGGUUUCUCUUCCAGGCUGCCCAAGGGCUGCUAGACCCUUGGGGGACACCACUUCCAUUGUACCUAGCAGACGAGGCUGCUUUUUUUCUCAUUAACAUAAUGCAUAAUUCUUUGACUUUGCCUGGAUGUCUGUCCAGCUUUCAUCAAAAGACAAUGCCGAGCAUGCACAAAGACCAUAGCUACUGUUUUCUCUUGUGAUCAAUCGCUUACCAAGCUCUAUCCAAUACCCUGCUUGCUAGGUAGCCGAAAUAAAAGCCUCCGUAGACACAAUAUGCCUAGAAACGGUCAAAUUUAACAUCACUGGUCAACAACGUAGACGUAGAGCGGUCAUACGAUGACAUAAAUGUUCCGAUAUUUAAUGUAGCUGUAGACCACAGUUCUCUGUGAUAUGAUUAGCAGUCUUUAUCGUGCCAAUUAAAACGCAGUUACUGAGUUAGUCAGAAAUGCUUUGUGUAUGUAUGUUGUGCAUAUACUAUUUUGUAAAAAAAAAAAAAUAGAAAAGAAAAACAUAUCAAUAAGUUAAUAUAUGAACGAAAUGCAUCAGACGACGACAGAAAAUGAAUAAAUAAAUCUGUAUUUUAGUCAGUAGAACAAACAACUAGUUUCAGUAUUAUUAAACCCGGACACUUGAUCAGGUCGGUACGGGACCUGAAAUUUCUCUGGAUGCCUUUGAAGAUUCACGAAUGCACAAAUGGAAUCUUCUGGUCGGGCAAAACUGUGUUUACCGCACUCAUUUGCUUGUAACUAAACAAUCAGGAAGCAGAAAGGAAGCAGGGAGUGAGUGUCUGUGCUUUCGAGCUAGUGGUUGACCGAUAUGUGGUUUUUUUUUAAAGGGAGACGGGAAUACCC